AUGUUCUCCACGGCAGCAUCCAUUGCUGAGGACAGCACCACAACAGAGGAGGCUAACAGAGCUGUUAGGAAGACAUACAUAAGAGAAAAACACUUCGGGAGGCUAACUCUGAGCCAAUCUGAGGCUGUAGCUCACAAGGAAACCACAGAGCGCAGAGGUUUAGUACGGCAAGUGACCAGAAGGAACCUCAUUGAUCUCUUCCCUGAUUCAAUAAGACGGUUUUCUCUCCUUGGAAAACCUUCUGAUGCCAAUCAAAGGGGAUUCGAUAACAAGAGGACCGAAGCCUUAGGAGGUUCUGAUAUCACCGACUAUCGUGUUGGGUAUGCGUGCAAGAAGGGAUUAAAACCAGAAAGCCCGAACCAAGACGACUUCUUCGUCAUCGGCAUUGACGAACUCGGGAUGUUCGGCGUAUUCGACGGCCACGGUCCCUACGGUCACGAUGUUUCCAGUUUCUGCCAUGAUGCACUACCAGGAUUGCUCAUCAAGGAUGAGGAAUUCUACACUGAACCUACCGCGGCUUUUACUAGAGCCUUUAAAGACACUCACUUGUUGUGUGAGCAAGCAAGCUCACGGGGGAAAUUCGACUGUUCACUCUCUGGCACUACAGCAACGGUCGUCAUGACCAGAGAUGAGACUAUAUACUGUGCUUGGGUUGGUGACUCUCGAGCUGUCAUCGGCACUACUAAUGCGGACGGCGAAAUCAUCGCUGAAGAUCUUUCGAGAGACCACAAGCCCGAGCGGCCGGAUGAAAAAAGCAGAAUUUCCUCCCGAGGGGGGCAGGUUCGGAAAUUAGAGGGUGACAUACCGUAUCGAGUAUUCCUCAAAGGCAAACUCUACCCGGGCCUUGCAAUGUCGCGUUCUCUUGGUGACUCUGUUGGAGCUAGUGCUGGAAUUACAUACGAACCCGAGAUCAGAAUCAGGAAAAUCGAUCGAGCUCGAGAUCGAUUCGUGGUCCUGUGUAGCGAUGGCGUGUGGGAAUUCAUCACCAGUCAAAUGGCGGUAGAAUUAAUCAAUCGUUACACCCCUGGAGAAGUUCAGACUGCGGCUGAGGCACUUGCCCAAGAGGCUUGGAAACGAUGGAUUCAAGAGGAAGGGAAUGUCGUGGAUGAUAUCACAGUCGUUGUCGCGUGGUUGGAUGAGGUCGUCGUUGAGAUGUAA